AUAUAAAUAUCAUUAUUCUAAUGUGUUUAACAUAUUACAUUCUGGCGGCGAAUUCAAUGGAUUCUUUGAAAGAGACCGUUGAAGGGGAAAGCAGUACAAGUGAAGUAAUGCUAGAAUGGCCAAAAAAUUUGCAACCAAUAAAAGUUCCCGAAAUAUAUUGGCGUAAAAUCGUGCCGCAUCCUAAACAAAUGCCUACGCUAAAGCAAGCGUUGGAGGACAGAAAAUGUCCACCUGAUAUUGUGCCACGUUAUCAAAAUCGCUGCACGGAAGACUCGUGGCCAGUUGGUUUAAAAACUCCUACGGCACGUGCCGAGAAUAGGAGUAUGUUCACACAGUAUAAAUGCAGAUAGAUUCCAGGAGUAAACGCAGCAAUUUUGUUCACUUUUGAGAAUACACAUGCCCUGAUGUUAUGAAAAUCACACCUCCAGGAAUCAUAAUAUUUUUCAAUGAACUGUAUCAAUUACCUAAAAAAAUUGUUAGUGCUACUGACUAAUUUCCCCCUGUAUUUUUUAGUUUUACUCUUCAUUAUUCAGAAUGUAUACAAAA